CUUGCUCCUUCUAAUUCAAUGUGCCAUAUACAAACUAGUCAGUGAUUCAAACACAUAUAUUAUAAGAUUUUCAAAAACAAUAGUGAUGGAGUUCAAGGUUAGAACUUUCCUAGCCACAGUGGUGAUGUUUCUGUUGGCAUCAAGUGUGUUCAUUUUGGAAAGUGAGGCAGCUGGAGAAUGUGGAAGGACACCAAUUGGGUCAGCAGCUGCUAGUCUAAGUCCAUGUUUGGGUGCUGUACGUAAUGUUAGGGCAAAAGUUCCACCAGUUUGUUGUGCUAGAGUUGGUGCUUUGCUUAGAACUUCUCCAAGAUGUCUUUGUUCAGUUCUUUUGUCACCUCUUGCAAAACAAGCUAAGAUUAAUCCUGCUAUUGCUAUCACUGUUCCUAAGAGAUGCAACAUUAGGAACCGACCUGCUGGAAAGAAAUGUGGAAGGUACACACUUCCUUGAAACCAAAGCAGGAAAAUAAUAUAUGUGAUAUGCAGUAUCUGACAUAUUAGAGAGCUAAAUAAAUUCUGUAACAUGACAUUUUCUACUUGGAGAGUGACAUGUUUCAGCCUAUAGCAUUUUGUAUUUCUCAGUGUAUUGUUGCAUGGUUUGAUGUAUUGCUUGAUACUUAUAAGAUAAUAAUCAUUAUUGUUAUUUUGUCCAA